GACAUUUCAAAAUAACUUGAUUUUAAUAAGGUGUCAUUAUUCAGAUAAUUGGUGUGAAACCGCCGACUUUUCUGCUUUGUAUCUAUUGACAAAAAUCGUACGGUAAAAUCGUGCACAUUAAGUAUUCGCCAUGCACUGGAAAGAUACAUAUUGUCAGUGGCACAAUGACAGUAGACAUACCCGAGGAAAUGUCAAACUUUGGAAAUAUUAACUAUUCUAAUAUGGACAUAUAUGAUAACCAUAUUAGUGAGAAGACAGAUAAGAAACGUCAGAGCUGGAGGGACGAGUGCUAUCAGUUUGCUCAGGAAACUACACUUCAUGGUCUUAAAUAUAUUUCUCUAAGGGAUGCCUUUAUUUUUCGAAGAUUAUUUUGGUUUGUAUUAACAUGUUCCUGUUGUGGUAUUAUGUCAUACCAGAUAAUAGACAGGAUAAUAUAUUAUUAUAAUUCACCGAUUACUGUCAACGUCAAAGUCAACUAUAAUCGUUCACUGGUUUUUCCUUCUGUCACAAUUUGCAACCAAAAUGCGUUCAGAUCAACAGCUGCAGCUGAGAACAAUUGGUAUAGAUUGAUAGAAACCAUGUAUAAUGACUCCUCAAAAACAUUUGAUUCUAGAGAUUUAUUACAGUUUAACGCCACCAAACUAAGAAUUAGCGACUUGUUCCAGAAAGCGGGUCAUACAAAAGAAGAUUUGAUUGUUGGAUGUUCAUGGGCAGGAGGAAAAUGUACGCACGAAGAUUUUGAACCAAUAUUAACAGACCAUGGACUUUGUUAUACGUUUAAACCAAAGAGCAGUCCGGAUGAGUUUAUCAUUAGCUCUACAGGCGCCGAUCAUGGUUUAAAACUGUUCUUAAAUGUUGAACAAUAUGAAUACAUGCCUGGGCCAAAUGAUGCUGCGGGCAUUAAACUACUGACAUAUGAUAAAAGUGAUAUUCCACGUAUAAAGGAGCUGGGGAUGUCAGUACCAACAGGUAUUCACGCUUUUGUUGGACUAAAACUAAUUAUGAUCAACAACUUACACGUACCGUAUGGUGAAUGCCAGGAGACUCAGUUGAAGUAUAGUCGACAGUAUUCAGUUGAUGCCUGUAUUAUAGAAUGCCUAAAUCAAUUUACACAAAAGAAAUGUGGCUGCCGAAAUUAUUUCAUCCCUUCUACUAUGGAAAGUGGAGAGGAAUGUACGAUGGAAGCGUUCUAUUCAUGUUACAAAAGUUAUUACGGAACUGUGCACGACACUCUACAAGAUCAGUGUCACUGCCCUACAGCUUGUAAGUACAGUGUGUUUGAUCCUAUCAUGUCAUAUGCAUCAACAUCAGAAUACACAGCAGAAAAGAAACUUACUUCCGUUUCCACGUCAAAAUUACACGAGAAAAUUCUCAAUUCACGCGAGAUUUCAAACCGUAUGGAGAAAAGAAAAUAUGAAUUAUUUAGUAGUUUGGUAAAGAAUUUUGAAAAAUCUUUUGACAAUGUGAUUGAAAUGUUGCAGAAUAUCCUAAAACGAAUUUCAGUUCACUUACAGCUAAUGGAUUCAAGGUAUUCAAACGACAAAAAUGCAUGGAACAGAAAAUCUUAUCUUUACAGAUAUCAGAUAUAUCAUGUGACGAAAAACUUUAUACGACCACGUGACGCGAUGGAAGAAAGGACUCUCUCUAAUUUGUGUGUUGGUUUUCAUGAAUUUGUAUUUCUGCUUGAAACAAAUCUUAAACACCUUUCUUCUGACGAGAGUCUUGAUAAAAGUACAAGAGCGGCAAUAUAUACCAGAAGCCUAGAUUUUAUUCGUAGUCAGAUAGAAACAGCUGAACGCGCAUCCGCAAAUAUUUCACAAUUGUACGAGGCUUAUCAAAACGGAACACCAAUAUUCAAAUAUAGAUUUGGAAAAACAGCUCGAAAGUAUAACAAUUACAUAACUCCGAAAAGACUUCUUGCCGAGUCAUUGAUCCAUAAUAGCUAUGCUCGGAGAUAUGCUCCUCGGGUACAAAAUGAUAUUGUAGCCAUUAAAAGUAAACUAAACAGCUAUAUUUCACUGUUAGACGAGGUUAACAUCACUGGACAUCUGAAUUUUACAAGGAUGGCAUCCAUAUCUUCAUCCUAUAUAGAUAAAUGUGAGGAUUUCUACCAUAGUAAGAGUGUAUUUUAUGCCGAAUGUAUUGAAAGACCAAAAACUAUUCUAGAAAACCGGUUUGAAAAAUUUAAGGCAUUCAUAACGGAUUACAUUGAAACAAAGGAGUUUAUAGAAAGCAAUCUGAACAAUCUGAGAGACUCUAUCCAAAACGUAUCGAUGUUCGAGGUAAUUCACAUUAACAUUUUUAUGAAUGAGUUAACCCAGUAUUUGAAAGUUGAUUCACGUAUCAAGAAAAACACUUUGGCCGAUAUCGUUUUAUCGGAUUAUCUGUUAAGCCAGUUUUCACGAUGUGAGACGAUAUUCCAGGAAAUCCGAAAUAGGGGUCAGAAUAUUUACGAUGGUUGGACUGGUCUUGUGACACGUUCUACGGACAUGUGGACAGAUAUUGUUGAUGAUAUAGACAUGAUUCCUUAUUACAAUCACAGAAAAUACAGUUCGUUCCUGGUGAAUCUGACGGAGUUCAGUAAUGAGAUUUACGAAGAGAUAUCGGACACAAGAACUAAAAAUGAUUUGCGUGCUAUAAUCGGAGAAACUGAUAAAAAAUUGGGACACCAUUUUGAAGCCUUGAGAAAUCACAUGCUUUUGUUUAAAUCCAGCAUCAAAAUUGAUCAGUAUUUUCUAAGAGAAAACUUCCUGCAACUGGACGUAUUCUAUAGGGAACUUAGCUAUGAAGAAAUAGAUCAACAGGAAGCUUAUGACAUAUUUGGCUUGUUAUGUGAUAUUGGUGGAUCAAUGGGAUUAUUUAUAGGAGCGAGUGUCAUGACAAUGUUUGAAAUAGUAGAUUUUGUGAUGAACAUUUCCGCCGAGCGGGCCAUCAGAAGUAAAAGAUUCAGGGUCAAUAGACAAUAAACAUUUAGUUUUAUGUUGAGAGGCUUAAGUAAUAUGCAUGUUAAAGGAAAAUCGAGAUUCAUUAUUUUUUAUUGUGAAAAUGGCCUCAGUCACGUUAAAGGCAUGCUGCCCUACGACUGGCAAUUAUAACGAACAUUUAUAUAUUUUCAGGCUGUGUUAUGUACUAAGAGACUUCAAAUAUGAAAGCGACUAUUAAAAGGAAAUUAGAUAUCUACCAAAAAAACAGUACACAAAUAUAACCACACCGACAUUCAAUAUAUAAACGGCAUUAUGCUCCUAUAACAAUAUUACUGAUGCAUUGGCCACAUGGAAAAUUGCCAUGUACUAUUUAGCGAUAUUUCACUGGUCAAUGGUUACAUGCUGAGUGGUCAACAGGGACAAUUUAAAACGUAUAAUCACCGUUACCAGUCAAUGUAUGUUCACUUUUAAUGGUUUUCAUUUGUGGCAAAAGACCCAAUUAACUGGUUAUAAAAAAAUACCAGUCGAUUUGUUUGGAUUUGUUUUUAUUUCUAAUUUUUUUUUAAGAACAUUAUAAUUGCUGAACCGUGGGUCGGUAAAUACCCCGGUUUUUGCCAAUAGUAGGGAGUAAAAUAUGGAUAAUAUAAAAAUAAGUAGAUGUGGUAUGAUUGCCAAUGAGACAACUAUCAACCAAAGUUCAAAUGAAGUGAAUGUAAGCAAAUAGGUAACCGUCCGGCAAUUUUUUACGGAUCAUUCGUAAUUGCACGGAAACAACAGAAACUGUCAUUUUCAAUAUAUGAUGAUAUAUGAAGGACCAAGAACUCCUGAACGACAGAAGUGAAAAUCGUCAAUAUCAAAAUUAACCUCAAUUUUGUCAUCAGUAAGAAUAUAUUUUAACAAAUUUGUAAUUUCAUUGGGGUGUAAAGAUAAAGCGUUGAACGAAGUACAUUUUAUAUGAAGUGCAGCGCUUUAUACUGAAAAUGUGCACACGAUCAACGCAUUUACAACCCUAUAAAAUUACAAAAAGAAGCAUUCUUUAAUUAUUAUUACAUUGUUAUGUUACAACCAUGAUAUUCAACGAGUUAUCUCAAAUGGUUCCUUUGUUUUCUUAUGCAUUGUUGUGACGUUGGCACGGGGAGCACGUCAUUAAUAGCAAUUCUCUGUAACCACCAACCAAGAAGCGGCACACAUAGUCUCAAGACUUUUUUAAAAUUUUGUUUGUUGGUAGCUAUCGACAAACAUAAAAGAAAUAGAUUGACAAAAAAAAUGUUUAGGUCGUCGUUGCCACGGUUACGGGUCCCUUUGGAUUUUGGCUCAAAAUUGCAUUUUUUGAGGUAGAAAAAUUAGCAUUUUCAGGCAGCUAUUAUGCACACACUUAUUUUUGAUGAAUAUUGUAAUAUUUGUUCAUUAAGAUAUAAUAAUUAAUUAAUUAGAUAAAAGAUAAAAAAUAAUUCUGAUGAAAAGGGGAGAAGGUGGCAACACUGAUUAAAAUAAGGGAGUUUUCAUUGUACUAGUAUUCAAGAAGGCAAAUUAUAAGCAUUUUGCGUGAACUAAUUACACACUUUUGCAUCCACACCCAUUUACAUUGAAGCUAUUAAUAUAAACUAACACUGUUGCCUAGUAAUAGUUUAUAACUAAAGGUUUGGGAUUCAGGUUUCUAGGGUGUUUGCUAAUUGAACCUAAAGGUGAAAUUUUUGUUAUUUUGUAAAAUGAUUUUGACCUUGUUAUUAAAAUAUCUCAUAAACUAUGACAGAUAAA